AUGUCUGGAGGAGAGGCGAAGAAACGAAAGAAGGUGGUUAGCAGGGGGAGUUUUGGGAACGCCAAACUCUUUGUGGAUAAAGAUGCUAAGAAGAGGAUGAUAAACCGAAUUGUUGCCUGUAAUAUACAUCCGAGGGGGCAUACUGCUAAGAUUGGAUACAAUACGGCCCAACUAUUAUAUGCUAUUGCAGAACGUGAGGUUAUUAUUGAUCUACCCUUUUACAUAUUCAACCAUGUUCGUGAAGCAUCUACUGUUAAGGAUGGCAGGCCAUGUCUUCCAUUUUCAAUAUUAGUUUUCAAGAUUUUGAAGCAUAGUGGGGUUGAAUUUCAGCAGAAUGACAACUUUAUUUACCCCAUGAAUCCAAUGAGUAUGGGUACACUUAAUAAAAAUGUGGGAGCUAUUCUGGGUGUGAAACGAGGCAAGUAUGUGAAGCUGGCAGCAGCGGUGCCUCAGGUUGUGGGUAGUCAAGCUGGGACUAGUCAAGUUGGUUCUGAUGCUGGCACUAGUGAGGGUCAACAAACUGUUGUUGUGAUCUGGGCUGUUACCAAAGGUGCAAGAGCUGAGUUUGGGUACAUAGCAAACCAGUUGGGACUGAAUGGGUGUUGUACUGGUUUGUUUCUGAUCUGGGGAUUCUGCAUCAGGAACUGUCUGGGAGUUCAGGAGCUGGACUGA